AUGUCUCUACCUGCGCCUGCCUCCUCCAGCAGGACGCAGUCUCGAGCCCGUCGGCGACCCGCUACCCCGACUCUCAGCAAGCGUGAUCUCACAGGAACUGUCGGUCAGGCAACAUGGAUCAGCAGCGUUGUCAAUCUCCUCAAUACGAUCGUGGGCGCCGGGGUUCUCGCUAUGCCCCUCGCCAUGUCACAUAUGGGCAUCUUGCUGGGAACAAUCGUGAUACUGUGGGCGGGCCUCACGGCGGGGUUUGGCCUCUACCUGCAGACUCGCUGCGCCGCAUACCUCGAACGGGGCUCGUCGAGCUUUUUUGCGCUGUCUCAGAUCACAUACCCGAACGCUGCGGUCAUCUUUGAUGCUGCGAUUGCGAUUAAAUGCUUUGGAGUGGGCGUCAGCUAUCUUAUCAUCAUUGGCGACCUCAUGCCCGGUGUCGUGCGAGGGUUCGCUCGGGAAGAGGAUCUGGGCCAAUUCAUGUUCGACCGCCAUUUCUGGGUCACGGCCUUCAUGCUGGUCGUUAUCCCCUUCUCCUUCCUCCGUCGACUCGACUCGUUGAAAUACACUUCGGUCAUCGCACUGAUUUCCAUUGGGUACUUGGUCAUCUUGGUCGUCUAUCACUUUGUCGCACACGACACCUUGCCCGAUGGGCACUAUCAGACUCCGCUGAGGAUAUUCAAAUGGGCGGGUGCUAUCCCGGCGCUCUCUUCCUUCCCAGUCAUUGUGUUCGCCUAUACAUGUCACCAGAACAUGUUCAGCAUCCUCAACGAGAUCAGCGACAAUUCACAUUUCCGCACCAGCGCCGUGGUGUUCGCAUCCAACGGCACCGCUGCCUCCAUAUAUAUUUUGGUUGCUAUUACCGGAUACCUGUCAUUCGGCAACGAAAUUGGAGGAAACAUUGUGGCACAAUAUGCACCCUCAGUGUCCACAACCAUCGGUCAAGCCAUGAUCGUGGUUCUCGUCAUGUUCUCCUACCCUCUGCAAGUUCACCCCUGCCGAGCUAGUAUUGAUGCGGUGCUCAAAUGGCGUCCUUCCGACAAGUUCAAAGCGAGACUUCGCUCCACUCCCGCCACACCCAAUUCACUCGAUUCUAGUCCUCCGCGUGACGUCCCCUUGCUCCAACCUGGCAGAAAGCGGAACACAGAGAUGGGAGAGGCUCGGUUCGCUGCCAUUACCACCGCGAUCAUCAUCCUCAGCUACAUCGUCGCAAUGACCGUUUCCAGUCUGGAGGCCGUCCUGGCAUAUGUUGGUUCAACGGGCAGCACGUCCAUCUCCUUCAUCCUUCCGGGAUUGUUCUACUAUAAAAUCUCUUCGCCCGAUUCACCUUUGCAUCAAAAACUCGUGAAAGAGGAAGACGACUACGACUGGCAAGGGGGUGAUGAUGAGAGCGACAAAUCUGACGACGAAGGUGUUCAUGAUGAACCACCGAACCACGAAGGCCAAAAUCUGCUGGGCAACUCGGGGAUACUGAGCAUCAGCGGGGUCAGCUUGUUGAAACGGACGAGGAAUUUCCGCCGGAAGAUGCUUCGCAAGCUCAGCCUCGCGUUAGCCAUUUAUGGCAUAUGCGUCAUGGUGGUCUGUCUCAUCACGAACACUUUUUUCAUUGUUUCACACUAA